UCGAACCAAACGAAGAAAGGGGAAAAAAAAUUAUCCCAAAUAAUAACUUAUUCCCCCCUUCGGCCUUCGCUUGGUGAGAGUUGAAUUGGUCCCGCCGGAAAUUUCUGUGUGCGUGUCUUGAGGUUGAGGGCGAUGGAGCCGCGGCUUCUGUGAAGGAUCCGACUACCCAAUUGUGGGUUGUUGCCAUAUAAUCCAAGUCUUCCCUUCUUUGGCUCCGAUUCCGUUUCCAUCUUCUCCCACUCCUCGGGGUCUCCUCGCUUUGUCGGUGUUUGGGUUUGGGUUUGGGCUUCCGAAUUUAAUACAAAGUGCGGUUUUUUAUUCGGGAAGUGGGGUGGGGAGGAGCUCCGGGUGGUUCCAUUGACUCGAGAAGCAUUAAAUUCGCCGGAAGCGCGGUCGUCGGCUUAAGGAAGCCGUCUCUUCUGUAUUUUCUUUCUCUCUCUCUCGCCUUUGCUUGAGAUUUGUGAUUCGCCAAUCUCUCUGCUUCUCUCUCGCUCUCUCUGUUCUCUUCUUUACUUGGAAUGCCGUUUAAAAGGAGAAAGGUGUGAUCUUUUUGAGGAAAGAGAGUGUUUGGUUGGUUUCCAAGAGGGAAUGGGCCUCAGGAUUGUGGGGUGGAGAUCAUGAGAGGUUGUUGCUCUCUUUCUGGAAUUCGAGAGUUGGUGAUAACUCAGUUCGCAGCUUUUUUUGUCGCAAGAGUAUGUCGUCGGUUGUGCUAGCUCGGACGGGGCGCCACCGGCAGCGUUACCAAGAUCAUUUCCGGCUUGUUGCUGGAUGCAUUCCCUAUAAGCAAAAGGCGAACACAGAGAAUCACAGCGACGAUUUGAUAGAUUGUCUGGAAGUCCUCAUGAUUUCUUCACCAAAUCGAGUUGAUCUUGUCUUCCCAAAGGGUGGAUGGGAGAAUGACGAGACUGUACAUGAUGCAGCAUGUCGCGAAGCCCUGGAGGAAGCAGGUGUCAGGGGAAUUAUAAAUGAAAAAUCACUGGGUAUAUGGACUUUUAGAAGCAAGAACAGACAGAAUAGUUGCAGCCUUGAAGGAACUUGCAAAGGUUACAUGUUUGCCUUGGAGGUUACCGAAGAGCUACAGUGCUGGCCAGAGCAGGCGAGCCACGAAAGGAAAUGGGUAUCCGUGAGGGAUGCAUUCAAACUUUGUCGGUAUGAGUGGAUGCGUGAUGCUCUUAAUUCAUUUAUACAACUUAUCAGGCAAAACUAUGUCACCUCUAAAGCACCUGGCCACCCAGCUUCGUCAUUGUGAAGCCUACGACAGUUGAGCAUGCCUUGGCAUUAUGCUGAUGGUUUCUGGCCACAGCUUUGACGAUCUGAGAUUUGAUAAACCAGUCUUAUGCUCUUCCUCUCAUUCUUUAAUCAGAGGAGUUGGGGCUUGGAUGUGUAUCGUGACACUAAUGGAGUUGCUUGUUCUACUGGUUCUUAGUGAAAGCAGGGCUAGUUUAGUUUGCAUCAAAAACUAUUUGAGUGGAGUCCCAAUUACAGGCAUUCUUUCAAUUGGCAUCGGUCCACUGGCAGGGCAAGUCCUGAUCCUGAUAACAUUUUGAUCGAUCCAAUGGUUGUCAUUGAGAAUCCAUGCUGGUUUUUGAUUAGGUAUGUAUGUAUGUCAAUGUUUUGAUCGAUCUAAUGGCUGAAUUGGAAAUCCAUGCUGCUUUCAAUAUUGCAUGUAUGCCGUUGAGAAACCAUGUUGGUUUUCAAUGUGGUAUGUAUAUAUGUAUGACCUGAUCUUGACAACAUUUUGAUCGAUCCAAUGGCUCUAAUUGAGAAUCCAUGCUGGUUUUCAAUGUAGUAUAUAUGCCAUCAUGAAUCCAUGUUGGUUUUCAAUGUAGUAUGUAUGUCUUGAUCCUGACAAUAUUUUAAUCGAUUCAAUGGCUGAAUUGGGAAUC